AUGACCGCCAUGGACAAUUUCCUCUACGGCAUCCGGGAGCCAUUCAUCUUCACACUCGUGGCACUGUGGUCUCUCGCAUUCCUCAUCUUCGCCAACACGAUGGUAUACCGCCUGGACAUACUCCACAUCCGAUCACACCUUAUCCGCACCAAGGCGUCUCACCGUCUCGACGUCAAGGCCUUACUCACGAAAGGCCGGAAGAUGCUCUCACUUUACAAGGACGUCGACUAUUUCGACGAGGACCCCAUUGGUCAACUUGUUCUUUAA